GCAGCAGACGACACGAUACGCGGACACAUGGAACAUGGAACGGUCCGACUAGUGGCUUCAGUGAACUGCAGGAUGCCGCCGUGAUCGUGUGUCGUCUGUAUCUUUCGGUGGAUCGGUUGGGUACAUCACGUGUCCGUCUCGUUCGUCGAGGAUUCUACAGGAUACCGAAGACAAUAUCGACGGAAUCACGCUCGUCGGGGGACCGAAGGAACCGCGCCGCGCCGCACCGAACUUGAGAUCACAGCGAGGCCGAGAAUUCAGUUUUGUGUCGAGGGGGUGCGAUAGAUGCAUCCUUGAAUUCUGACAUCGGGGCAUAUAUGUCCGUUGGCGGUGUUCGACAUGAGUACAGAAGGAAGAUCGUCCAUCGGGAGAAGAUGACACCGCGACGGCACGUAUUCGCGGCGAUUCGUCGAGUAUUAUUGGUCGCCGGUGUGAUAACGUUGUUGGUGCUGGCCCUGUCGAGCCAGGAUGCUGGCAAUAGCGUACAGCAAGGCCUUUUGUUGGAGGAAGACUCCAACCUGACCCCGGAGGAAAGAUUAAUGGAGGAAGCAACAAAUGCUGAAACCGAACGACGUUUAGCUGCCAGAAGGAAGUUUCUGACCGAGAGAUGCGCGGAGGAGGGUUUGGAUCGACCUGGAAAUGAUUCUCUUCAUAGACCUAAUGCCUGGGAGUUUCUUGUGAAUAAAGAGUACCACCUGAUAUGGUGCAACAUCUUCAAAGCAGCGUCCACAUCGUGGAUGUACAAUUUCAAUUUGCUCGCUGGAUACAGUCCACAGUUUUUAAAGGCCUCGAAGGCUGUACCAGUUUCUCUAGCCAGACAGAAAUAUCCUAGAUACACGGCAGAAGAGUUAAACAAGUUCCUAAACGACAGCAUCAGUUUUCUGAUAGUCAGGCACCCCUUCGAGAGAUUGCUCAGCGCCUACAGGGAUAAACUGGAGCACAGUUUGCCGCACACGUUUCAUAGUAAUCUGGGGGCUCAUAUUGUAUGGCACUACAGAUCAAGGGAUCCAAAAACAAAUGGAAGACAUGGUCCGAGGUACCCGCUGUUCGAGGAAUUUGUACGAUGGUUGUUGUGCCAGUGGAGGGCUGGCAAUGAACUGGACAUGCAUUGGACACCAGUCGUGAAUUUUUGUACACCGUGUCAAGUACGAUUUGAUGUGAUAGCAAAAUUUGAAACACUUCAUGAAGAUCAAGAUUAUCUGAUAAAACAAGCACAUGUGGGACACAUUAUUAAGCCGGAGUGGAAGAAUCCGACAAGAGGUGUUCAAACAAAGGAUGUAAUCAAGUAUUACUUUGCUCAAUUGAGUAAAUCACAGAUCAACGAUCUGUAUGAGAUGUUUAGGUAUGAUUUUGUACUCUUCGAUUAUUCUCCUGAUGACUAUAUUGUACUUGGGAGAGAUGAAAACACAGAACUGAUUUGUAAAAAGUAAUGCUGGCUGUUUGGUGCAUUGGAAACUAGGGCAUUCACGUUCAAAUGUGUUGUUUUCUUUCAUUGAAUUUGCAGUGAUACGCAUCAAGUCGGUUACAACGAACAUAUUAGAUAAAAAGUGAUGGUUACCAAUUAAUUAAUUAAUUCGAAUUAGGGUUGAUACGCAGAUCGCGCUAAUUACUUGCUAAAAUAAGAAAAAUGCAGUCAACUUUUCAAGUUGACAUUGCUAUGCAAGCACUGUUGUUGUAUUAAAAUUUUUUAUAAUUAACAAAUAACAAGCUACGAUCUAUUAAAAGUAUUAGGCUCUAUGAGAACCAUGAAUAUUUGUAAAUUGUCAAGAUACGAUUCUAAAGGGUUUUUAAACUAACUACACACAUGCGUAAUAAGAUUAUUGCAUUGCUUACAUGA